AUGGAUACAACGGUGAAGCAUACACACCUCGAUGGCGACAACGUGGAUCGUCUCCGUAACCCAAACCAAACGGAAUCGCCAGAGCUUCGUCCACGAGGAGAGAGUAUAAGUAAUUUAUACGAUAAGCGCAAUGAAGACAACGAAAUUGUCAGUGAACAUGUGGAGAUUCAGAGUAAUGAGACUGAAGAUGUCUUGAGAAAGAAGUUCUCUCGCGUAAAUGCGACGCUGACGCUGGUGGCUGGUUGGUUGUUUGCUUUGCUUACUCUCUUGUUCCUGACAUUCAUCGUGUUCGGCAUUCUGUAUUCUGGAAUUCACUAUCAUGGCGCAGGCUGGCAUGAUCCUUCCACACCACCUAACUGUACUACGCCAUUUGGCGCCAUAAUUGGUGUAACAAACGGUGUUUUUGCGUAUAGCAACUGCAAUGACAUGUUUACCGGCGAGAACAACAAUGCGCUUGUGGACAAGGACAAGUCCACUACCGGAUUGAAGUGGCAAUGUGUGGAGUUUGCAAGGCGGUAUUGGAUGCUUCGCGGGAGUCCUGUCCCUGCGUCGUUUGCUACCGUGGAGGGAGCUGCUGACAUUUGGGCACUGACUUCUGUGCAGCUUCUCAACGGGUCAACCACGCCGCUGCUUAAGUACGCCAACGGCGUCUCAGUCCGUGCUGGCGGCUCCGCUCCACGUAUUGGUGACUUGCUCGUCUACCCAAAGCAGGGGGACGGGUUUCCGUUUGGUCACGUUGCUGUUGUUGUGAGCGUGAAGAGCGAAUCUCUCCUUGUGGCGGAGCAGAACUGGGAUAACAAUGUGUGGCCAGCGCCGCACCAUGACUACUCUCGUGAAAUUCCUAUGCACCACAAUGUCACUGAGGAUACCUACAAAGUGAUUGAGGCGGACAACGUCAUCGUUACGGGUUGGGUGAGGUACGCCAAGUAG